CUCAGCAACACGUCCAGCACACCCAGCCGAACCUAGCGUUUCUGCACUUCAUGUUGCCAUGGAGCUUGAUGAUCCAGGCAAGGAGGAGACGGAGGAGGAUGGCCCAGGCCGGCUGGCGGAGCGUCUUCGAUGGCUCUACCUCUUCGCUUUCUGGUCACAGUUCAAGCCCUCCGAGCCAUUUCUCGUCGACUACCUCAUUGAGGAGAAAGGCAUCGGGAGCGAAGAGGUCUAUCAGGAUGUCCUGGAUCUCUUCGUCUACUCACGGCUGCCCUUCCUAAUUCUCGUCGGCUUUUGCGCGGAGAUGGAAAGCUGUGGCUAUCGUGCCAUCUUGGUGCUGGGCGCCGCCUCUGGAGUUCUCACCGUCCUGUUGACCCGCUUCGGCGUUCAGAUGUGCUUGCAACAGGCGGCACAGUUCACCGUCUCAGCCGCCUUCGCCUCCCGCGUGGCAGUGCCCUCCUUGGCCUUCACCUUGUGUUUGCCCUCGCAAUUCCAGGAAGCCAUUCAUACUGUCAAAGCGGUGAUGCUCUUCUCCAACUGCUGCGCCAGCGCGCUGGGCGAACUGUUGCGGGACGGGGACUGGGUGCCGCUGAAGGUCUUGUUCGACUUGUCCGCCCUGGGCCAGGUCCUUUCGCUGAUGUGUGCAGCCUGUCUCCCGGUGCCACGGGCCUCUGUCGCCACGCCAACCGCUUCUGCGAUCUCCAAUACUUUGGAAGAACACCUGCUGCCACGGAGCCCGACUGCAGCUCGAUGCUCUCCCAAAAGCGCGUGCGAGGUCUUCAAGGCGUUAGUCCAAGAUGUUUGGCUCUCCCUCUGGCUGCGGCGGGUCAUGUGGUGGACCGCCUGGGCCUUAGCCAUGAAUCCCAUCCAUGGCCUCACGCUCACGUAUUGGCAGAGUAUGGUUCGCUCCAAACACAUUUUGAAGGACCACAAUGGUUAUUUGUCUGCCUGCAUGUACUUGGCGGCCUCCGUCGGUGGACCUCAGUAUGACUGACCUCGGCAUAUGACGUUCGCACGAACUGGUGCAUCCGAAGAAAUGACAGAACGUCACAAAGCAAAUAUAUAGC